AUGUUUUUUAAUCUCAUCAUUGUUUAUGUUGGUGAUAUGGGUGUUGGUAAAAGUAAAUUACCAACAGUAAUCGUUAACACAUUUUAUACUCAACGUCCACAACGCUCGUUCCGUAGUGGACCUGGGAUAUAUGGUGUUACACAUGGCAUAUGGAUGUGGUCUGAUUCAUUACCACAUCCAUCUGGCGAAGGAAGUGUCCUGUUAUUAGAUUGCGAAGGCAUGGAUGAUAUUGAUAAAAAUAUUGGUGCCAAUUAUGUAAUAGACAAAGACCAGAAACAAAUGAUGAACAAGUAG